CUUGGUUCCUCGUUGGUUUUAUUGUUAUUAUGAAUGUAACAAUCAUGGAUGCAAAGAAAUCUACGUAACAAAAUUAGCAACUGAGAAGCUAUUAUUUGGGGCACAGUGUACAGCUAUACAUUUAGUAAAUUAUUAAUGUCUUCGUUUCCAUUGAUUCUGAGCAUGGGAUUCUUAUUAGGAGUUGUGUUAUCCAAGCUGUAGCUCAUGCUUGCUAACGUAGCUAGUUAGAUAGCAAACAGUUGCAUGAAAUCCGCACUUGCUGGGCCGAUACAGCUAGCUAGCUAACUAGUUUGUCCUCUUUUAAUUGCGUUAAAAAAAAAUGAACACGGUACUAUUGCAAUAUUGUAAUUCUUACCUAGCUCACGAAUCCAUCAGACCAACAACUAUAGCCCUAAUGGCUACCUAUUAUGCUUAGUGAUGCUUAACAUGCUGACAGGGACAGUUUAGCUGGGGUGUAAUCACUAGUCCAAACAGUUGCAAAACGUGUAACUAAAACGAGUGUUUCUAUUGGACAAAUUCAGGACAGAUGUCCUCAUGAUGAACUUUGACGGUCUGGACCCAGGAAUGGGUGAAUACGGACCCGCCCUCCAUGGGAGUCUAGAGCCGGGUAGGGAGCCCUCAAUGGACCCACGGCUCAAUCCGGGCUUGUUGCAAGGUGUGGAGCUCGGUCCAGAUGGUCUUCCCGUGGCCAUACCCGAGUCUGUGCACAUGAUGGAGGGGAUGUUCUCUGAGCUCCACAGUGUGCAUGCAGAGGUGGGCGUUCCUGUCACAGCAACUCACUUUGACCUGCAAGAGGAGCUGCUCUGGAUGGGAAACCACAGGGGGCAUGCAAUGUCCUUCUUUGGUUCGACAAUGGGCCGCUACUCAUCUUUCCAGGCGCACUCGACUGACGACAUUCGUCAGAUUCAGAGCAUGGAGACAGGGGUUCUGUUUCUCUCUAAGAGUAAUCUCAAGUGCCAAACUCGUGGAGGCCUUGUCAUGUUCGACUACCCAAUGGAGGAGGGAGCUGACAUGCAUAGUCUGCUUAUGACAGAAAACAAUACAAUGCUCAUGGGUGGACUACAGAAUUAUGUGCUUGAAUUUGACCUUAAUACUGUGCAGCAGACACAAAAGUUCACAGUCGAGGCUCCAGGGGUAGCUAUCAUGCGGCAGUCCAAUCGUUUCUUAUUCUGUGGGAACACAUCUGGGAAGGUGUCUCUUUGUGACCUGCGCACUUUCAAGCUAGAACAUGAAUUUGAUGCCUUCUCCGGUAGCCUGUCAGACUUCGAUGUCCAUGGCAACCUCCUGGCUGUAUGUGGGUUCUCCAGUCGAGGGCUGAACAGACUGGCGUGUGACCGCUUCCUCAUGGUGUUUGACCUGCGCAUGAUGCGCACUGUGACACCACUCCAAGUGCACGUGGACCCCCUCUUCUUGCGCUUCAUCCCUACAUACACGUCACGCCUGGCCAUCAUCUCACAGACAGGAGAGUGUCAGUUCUGUGAGCCCACUGGACUAGCCAACCUGGCUGACGUAUUCCAUGUCAACACCGUGGGCCAGUUGCUCAUGAGCUUCGAUGUGUCCUCCAGCAAGCAGGCUUUGGCCUUUGGGGACUCUGGGGGAGGUGUGCACCUUUGGUCAGACGCCCCAGAGGUCUCCUACAACAGCUACUCACGGGAGACAGAGUUUGCUCUGCCCUGUCUGGUGGACUCCUUGCCUCAGCUAGACUGGAGCCAUGACCUGUUGCCCUUGUCCCUCAUCCCAAUGCCUUUGACCAGCUCAGAGCCACUACUGUCAGACUGGGUCACCACACAGGCCACUCCCAGCCCUAGACGAGCACCCCCAGUGGACCCAGAGAUCCUGCGCACUAUGAACUCUGUAGGGUUCAUUGGUUACGCCCCCAAUCCUCGCACACGUCCCCGGAACCAGGUUCCUUACAAGAUCAAGGAGGUGGAGCUGGACUAUGAUAACUACAAUCAGGGGGUUCCUGAGUCUCUUAUUGGUCGAGAUGAAGAACCUCACCUCUACAUGGUGCCCAAGAAAUACAGGAAGGUCACCAUCAAAUACUCCAAACUUGGGCUGGAGGACUUUGACUUCAAACAUUACAACAGGACCCUGUUUGCUGGUCUGGAACCUCACAUUCCCAAUGCUUACUGCAACUGCAUGAUCCAGGUGUUGUAUUUCCUGGAGCCAAUCCGCUGCCUGGUCCAGAACCACCUGUGUCAGAAGGAGUUCUGUCUGGCGUGUGAGCUGGGCUUCCUCUUCCACAUGCUGGACCUGUCACGAGGAGACCCCUGUCAGGCCAGUAAUUUCCUCAGAGCUUUCCGAACAAUCCCAGAGGCGUCUGCCCUGGGCCUUAUCCUGGCUGACUCUGAUGAGCAGACGGGGAAGGCCAGGCUGGGCCAUCUCAUCCAGAGCUGGAACCGCUUCAUUCUAACCCAGCUCCACCAGGAGACCCAGGAGCAGGAGGGGCCACAGGCCUACCGAGGAGCCAGCAGCAGUGCUCUGGGCUCCUCAGGCGAGUCUGUGAUCGGAAGGCAGUUUGGGUGUGAGGUUGAGAACAGCAGCCUGUGUCGCUGUGGAAAGGAGACAGUACGCUCCUCUCUCACCUUGCUCUUCACCAUGCACUACCCUGAGCAGAACUCACUUGAUAAGAUGAUAAAGGAGUACGACUUUGCUGAGAUCCUGAAGAAGAGUAUAUGUCUGGAGCAGAGCACACAGGCAUGGUGUGAGAACUGUGAAAAGUACCAGCCCACAGUGCAGACACGGAACAUCCGCUGCCUUCCUGAUGUACUGGUCAUUAACUGUGAGGUGAACAGUGUCAAAGAGGCUGAGUUCUGGAAGGCUCAGGCAGAGUACGCUUUCAUCAAGGCCAAGAAGAAAGAGGAAAUGGAACCCCUUAAGCCCAAAGAACCACCACCACAACAACCAACUGAGUGGUGCCUAGAGGAAGAGCUGGUCAAUACGGAGGGCCUGACCUUUGACACCAGAGUGGACGACCUGCGUCACGUCUGGAUCCCUCUUACUCUGAAGAUGUCCAUCAGCAAAAGCCAGGGCCUGGAGAUCAGCAGCUGGCCAGAGGAAGAAGAGCUGAGCUCCACUGAGGAGGCUGAAGGAGCAUCUCUCUAUGACUUGGUGGUUACUGUGCCUCAUGUACUGGACGCUCGCACCGGAGGAAACCUGGUAGCACACAUCAAAGUGGGAGAGACCUAUCACGUCAGAAAAGAGGGGGUAACACACCAGCAGUGGUAUCUAUUCAAUGACUUCCUGAUUGAGCCAAUUGACAAGGCGGAAGCAGCACAGUUUGAUGUGAACUGGAAGGUGCCUGCCAUCCUGUAUUACGCCAAGAGAAACUACCACUCCAAAUAUGACCUACGCAUUAAAAACCCCAUCGAGACCAGUGUGCUGCUGACAGAGGCAUCACUGGCGCGGAAGCAGAGGAAGAGCCACGCCACGUUCAUCCCCCUCAUGGUCAGUGAGAUGCCCCAGGCCGGAGACCUCGUGGGACUGGACGCCGAGUUUGUCACCCUCAACCAGGAGGAGGCAGAGCUACGCAGCGAUGGCACCAAGUCCACCAUUAAGCCCAGUCAGAUGUCUGUGGCACGGAUCACCUGUGUGCGUGGUCAGGGUCCCAACGAUGGAGUACCAUUCAUCGAUGACUACAUCUCCACUCAGGAGCAGGUGGUGGACUAUCUGACCCAGUACUCAGGCAUCAAACCAGGGGACCUAGAUGCUAAGAUUUCCUCCAAGCACUUGACCACUCUGAAGUCAACUUACCUGAAGCUGCGCUUCCUCAUUGACACCGGAGUGCGCUUUGUUGGCCAUGGUUUACAAAAGGACUUCCGGGUUAUAAAUUUGCUGGUGCUGAAGGAUCAGGUUGUUGACACAGUCUACCUGUUCCAUAUGCCUCGUAAGAGGAUGAUCUCUCUGCGCUUUCUCGCCUGGUACUUCCUGGACCUUAACAUCCAGGGUGAGACCCAUGACAGUAUUGAGGAUGCACGCACCGCACUUUCUUUGUACAAGAAGUACCUGGAACUGAGUCGUGGAGGAGGGAAUGACGAAGUACGCAAAGUUCUGAAGGGACUCUACGAGAAAGGCCGCAAGAUGGACUGGAAAGUCCCGGACUGUGACACAGGAGAUGGUUAAGGUAGCCAAAAGGUACAGCUGUCUUUCCCUCAGUGAUGGGACUGUGAAGAGUGCCUGAAGACAAACUGAUUCACUCUCUAUUCCAAUCAGCCUUUUCUUUUGUAUUGUUACAACUAGGGCUAGCACAAUUACCGUAUAACCGUGUAACCAACAGUUAUGGAUGAAGACCUUCAUGAAAAGAAAAUAACCGUCAUAACUGUUUUUUAUUUGCUAUUUGAACGGUUAUAACGAUGACCGCGGCAAUUUGGCUGACCAAUAACCGUCAUCAACAAUUCCAUGACGUCACAGCCCUAGUUACAACAAGUUCUCACAAAGUAUUGACUCCCAUAUUGUAUGAAACUGGACAAGUCAUCGACAAGAGCAGAAUCCUGACAGAGGUUGUGUCAGUGUCCCAACUUUCCACAUAAUCUUGCUUGCCUGUACAGUAUUUGAAUAAGGACUGAACAGUUUUGAUCUGCUCCAAAACAAAACUAUUUCUGAUUUAAUCUUUCCUUUUCUAUUUUUCAUUAGAUUUGAAGAGUGUUUGUCAUUAUGCUGUACAUUGUGCUGCUUACAUGGGCAAAGAAUAGUAUUUUGAAAAUGUGCUGAAGUUUUUGUAGUGAUGUUUCUUGAGGCCUUUAAUUAAAACGGAAUAUAGUACACUGAA